AUCCUUCUCUGCAACGAUAAUAAACCCGAAAGAUUAAUGUUAGAGGUGGAUGUUGGUAUUCCUGUUUCGAUUUUAAUGGCGUUCCCUUUUGUUUACUUUUGGAUUAACCUCUUAUCUUCAUUUCGCCCUCUUAUCUAACCAAGACGCUGAAUUGGUUGAAAUGAAUCAGGCAGAUCAGAUAAAUGAAGAUGUUCAAGGAACUCUGCAGGCUCUUUGCAGUGUUCAAGAUAAAAAGAAGAUCCUGUUAGCUGCGAUUCGCCAGACCCUCUCGGAGUAUUUAGAAAUGAAGCAAGGAGCCCUCAAACAGCGCCUUCAGGAGUACUUCAUUUACAGGAAUAACAAACUGGAAAGUGCUGUGAAUGAAGUCCAGGAUAGUUUGAAGAAUGCUUAUGAAGCUCGUGGAAAGAUUAUCGCUAUUAGAGACCAGUUCAUAGGAGUUUUCAAUGCUUCCACAAAGCCACCUCUUACUUCCCAAGAAGGAGACUUCCUGUGCUGUGGCUAUGGUGACAGCGACUUCAAGAAGAUCUUUAGUGUCACGGAAGAGUGCUUUGGCCAGCUCAACAACAUCCAGGAACACUAUGAUAGUAUUGUGAGUGAAGUGCUUGAGGCCAUACCACAUUUGGUGGACUCGAAGUUACAGGGACUUGAAAUGGCUGUUUAUAAGAGAAACUGCCAGGUACAACAGUGGGCAGACUUGAAGACCCAGGAAAUUCAGGAACACUUGGCCAAGAUUCGUUCUGUGUUGGAAACCAUGGAAACUAUGAAAUGCCGCAUGGAAUCCCUCCUUCAGGUCAUAAAUGGAGACAAGGCAGCAGUUGGAGGAAGCCGAUGAUAAAUUUUGCAUAAAAAAAUGUGAGAGUAAAGUUGUCACAUCAUAAGCUCAGAUAUGAAAUUAAAUUGAAAUGCGGGUAGGUUUGUUGUACCGUGUUGGUAUGAGCAGUUGCCGAAUUAUAUCCCAUGAUGGUAUGUGUGAAAAUUUACAGUAUGUACUAUGAACAUACCCAAAUAUUGUAAAACCACUUGACUGGCAUUAUAAUUUUUUGGUAUGACACAUAGUUUUGAGGUUCACGAGAGACAAACAAGAAGAAUCUUAAAAUUUUUGUUGAAGCUACUUUUCUGUCACAAAUGAACACACUGCAGACAUCAGAUCUCAGACAGCUAGUUGUUGUAAACCAUCAUCCUUUUCAGAUACCUGUUUCUUAUACUCCGAUUCAUUCCAUUUCUUAAUUUUCUUACCUUUUGGUCAAGUCAGUAUACCUCUCAUUUUGUAUAUACAAGAGUAGUAUGGGUAACUUUCAUAAGCAUUCCGUAGAAAUCUAGGAUGUCAUUGCAGUUUUUAAAACUUCAUUAUAAUGAAGUGUUGUGGAGUACUGAGUGUUCAUUGCACAAUGACUUGAUUAUACCAACAGUGGCCUCCAGUUUCUUGUUACAAGCGUUAAAGACUUCAUGGAACUAUUGCCAUGGUCUUGUACUCUUGGCCAAUAGGAUGGUGUAAAGUCUAAUCACAAUCUUUCAUAAGUUAUACCUUUAUGUCUGUGUGGUCCAAGAAGUCUCCAGACUUGAGUUCCUUGCAAGCUGGAAAAUGCAGAAUUGCAAGAUACAACUUGACCUCUAUAGUUACUUUACACAAAUAAGACUUGAUGUUGGCAGGCUUUGAGUUACUGCAUUUAAUUUCAGGCAGGUAAAGGAAUUUUACAAUCUCAUGGAAAUCCAGUGGUAUCUUCAAUAUUUUGAUGAAUUAAUGAUGUUGGCAAUUGUACCUGGAUAGGUGAUCUAUACUGUUCCAAGGAAUUCUGUAAGUGAACCAGUUCAGGCUUUGUUUAGGAUUCUUACUCUUACAAUUGCCUUUUUUUUUUGUAUACACUUACUAACACUGGAAGUUAUGGCUAUCAGGACUGUUUUUCUUCGCUCUGUCACAACUGACUUCAGGGUGAAGAGCCAGGUCCUUGAUAAGUUCCCAGAGGCUGUGAUACUUGUAAAUCCAACCUUGCCAUACAAUUAGGGGACAAGGAAGCUGAGCCUUUGUGCUCCAGGUGAGUCCUUGGGAAUGACCUGAAAAGGAUAAGUCUAUAGAACGAUUUCACAAGGUUGUGUUUAUCAAUACACUACAGGUAAUUUUCUGUCAGUCCAGUCUAUAAAUCAUGUUUUAAUUUCUAGAUGGUUAAUGUUGAAUUGGCAAUAUUCAUCCAUCCAUCUUUGAAGUUUCAUUUAUCACUUCAUGUAAACAUUAAGACAGUAAUCAAUUAGCAAUGUCAAGAUCACAAUCUUUACUUUUUUACUUUUCCCUUUGUAUGUUUUUAGUACUUAAUCCUAGUCUCCACACAUUGUACUACAAACACCAGUCUGGUUCUUAGAAAGUUACAGGGAUUAAAGUGCUCUCUUUCUCAUAUGCCACACUGUAUUUUAUUUUUUGAAAUUUCAGAUGUUUAUUCCUCACCAUAGUAUCAUAUCAACCUUCUAACAAAGUUUAAGGUCUUCAACAUUGCUUUCCCAAGGUGUAGUUUAAUGUAAGUAAAACAUGAGGUCAGUGCACUGUAUUUACUUUGAAAUUGUCAAGUUUGUGUUGAUAUUCCGUGGCUACCAUCCUGCUAUAUUACUGGAAGUAACCUUUCAUUCCUUAUUGCUUCCAAUCACUACUAAUCAGGCCACAGUUCACUGACAGAUAUUUGGAAGAGAAUGUUAUAGAGAUCACAAAACAAAUUAUCUAAGACAUGAAUGAUUAAAAAAUAUAUAAUUUUUGCUGUGAGUGAAAUAAGAGUUUAUCUAAAUUUUUAUAGUUUUGAAUUUUGUGGACUAUGUAAAUUUAGAGGAACUGUACUACAGUGAUUUUAUUUCUGGAAAAGAUUAUUAAGUAGUUUUACAAUGGAUAUAAGGAUUGCAUCUAUUUUGUCUUUGUGCAGUUUAUCAAAAAAGCAAGAAAUUUUUGUUUAGUUGCCUAUAUAUCUUACUAUAGGUUGGCUUUUAUGUUGAUUUUUUUUAAUGUAUGGCCUUCUGUAGCUGAUAUACAUUGACAUGUACUGUAUCAAGUUUUGGUGCCAUUUAUUUUCCUAAUGCUAUAUAAAGGAACAAAAUCAA